AUGGCGGGCGGUGAAGCCGUUCUGGAGAGGCUCACACAUCCCGAGGUCGCAGAUUUUUUAAUUCGAGGAGCAAGAUUCAUAAAAUGGGACGAGGUGCGCUGAAAGGUUUUGAUGUCUACUUUGUUCAAGAGAUUGUGUUUUAUUAGUCACGCUAUAGUUUAUUUUGGAAUGUUGUUCCUUCGAUCUCCAAUUUCAAUGGGAAAUAUUAAAAAGGACUAUAAGUAAUCUAACAUUAAGCCGAUACCUUUCCAGCUGCCUCGGCAUAUUAGGGACUUGCCUGGUUUCGUGUUUUAUGGUCGAAAAAUCACCAUUCUAUUACACAGGAAGUUAGGCUUCUCGAAUUGUGUUGCGAAGCCGACGCUGUCGAAAGAAUUGACUCGGGACUUCACUUCCUCCGACGGAUGCCGUUUUAAAAAAUAUUUUUGGAACUUUUUUCUUUCCACACAGGACUCUACGGUAGGACUGCAAUGUACGGUGAAGGUAGACCCGGCGGCCCAUUUAAUCUAUUGGAGAGCCGAAGAUAAGGUGAGCGGUCUAAAUAAACCAUGUGCAAUGGUAUCCCGAGUACAAGCUUAGUAAAGGAAAAUUUCUAGUCUGCACAUGCUGGUUGCAAUCAGCUUUUUCGUCUGGUUAUUCAGAUUUUUUUUUCGGAAAUCGAGCAGGGUCGCCCGAAUGGCGGUUCUCGAGGUGAUAUUUUUAUGACAAGUACUGAAUUUAUUGCCAUGAUGAUAUCUUUAUAGCUAUGCAGAGUUUACUUUGCUCUUAGUUCACUUGAGUCUUUCAUUUUUUACAGGAGACCGAUCUGUUAGAGCUGACUUCUAUUCGGGAUAUCAGGACAGGAAAAUCGGCGAAAAUUCCAAAGGUUUGUUUGUGGGGUUUAGUUAAACUACUCCCUGCUAAAUUCAAAUACGCAAGCAAUUUUCGCGUUUACAGCUAUUAAUAAUUUGUAUAGUAGUGAAUCGAUGAUAUAUUUAAAUUUUACGCGCUCUACUUCCACAAACUUCUCAAUAUCGUGUAGAAAUGUACCAUGGAAGAUCUCGACCUGAAUAAAUUCUGUUCAUAAUAUCUGCUUCAGAGCACUUUUGUAAAUAAACAAUAAUUCCUCUCUCGUUCGUCUACGUCAAUAUCUUUCCGCGAGUCCUUGCACUUGUAAAAAAAUUCUUUAAAUGCUAAUUUCAACUUUUUAUUCGCCCAUUAGAAUUUCAAAUUUUUAGCCUUUGCAGUUUGCACAUAUAUUUCCCUACCGCAGAAGGGUUUCACUUCAAUCUUUGUAGUUUUUGUCGCGUAUACAAAACCUUAAUCCAUUGAUUAAAAUCUUUUUGUUCGCCUAAGUCGAACAUAAACGCGGUUUCAAAUGGAAACUGUGUUUUCCGAUGUGAUGUUUUCGUCGUGAGUAAUUUUUGUUUUGACUCAAGAUAUAGUUUGUUUCUAGAAUCCAGGUUUUUGUGUUAAACAAAAUACAGACAGGCAGUCUUUUAAUUAUUUACGGAUGGCCUUUGUUUUUGUCGCCUAGCAAUAGAUCUUGACGGAACUAUCAAAAAAUAAUUCUUGCAGCCUUUUCAAAUGGUGGAAACUGUUAAAAUUACAAGUUCAAAGCUGUUACGCCCGAAUAGUUUUAUUAAAUGUAACAACCCGCUCAUUAUUUUUGGAAUAUUCCAAAACUCCACAUGAUUUGCAAGUUUUAGCUUAAUUGAAAUGUGUUUGAAGACUUGAUUUUGGAUUAAUGAAACGUGUUCCUCAGCUAAGGCAAUGAAACGAUCGCAGAGCAACUUAUACCUAAAAAUAGUUUUAUUUUUCCGGUUGUUACAGUAAAAAUUUUUGAUUUUUAAGUGGCCAGCUAGCUUGACCUUACAGAUAAGUGCUUUAUUAUUUGUUGUCUAGCAAAAUAUUUAAAUCUUGUUUGCCCAAUAUAUAUGCAAAUUGCUAGUUCCAUUUUAAGGGAUAUUAAAGGACGUCAAUGCCUUUAAUUUGGUUACAUUUCAGAAAAUAUAUUUGUAUAAAUAUCUGCACAAGUUCUACUGUGAAAGGCAAGGAACAUUAAAUUGAGCUAAACGUGUGUUUCUUUACAUUUUUGGAAAACCAUGGAUAACAAAUAUUAUUAUAACACUCACAGCAUGAAAUGUUUAUCUUUUGAACAUCAAGAAAGGCUAUGCAGUUUAAAAGUUCUGUUCUUAAUGAGAAGUUGUAAUGAGCCAUUUUUACAUGACAUUAGCCCCAGGGAAGACACCUUUAUUUUCAAAGGACGCAACAUGCUCUUAUUCCUGAAAGGCAUCCUAUUAACAAAAUUCUAGAAAAUAUCAAACUAGUUCUUGAUUGCAUGUAGGGGUUGCUACCACUAAUGGUUUUAAUUACAAGUUCUAUCUUUUUUUUCUGAUCAAUGAAGCAUUUUAUUUUAAAUGAAGAUUUAAGGUGUGACUUUUGUGAAAUAUGAAUAUUUCAUUUUCUUGGUUUCAAGGCUUGCCACAAGAAAGCAAAAAUCAAACUGCACUAAGAUAAACCUGCUAAAAGUUAAAUGCUACACAUGAGAUGAAUCACACAAGUUCCCUCCAAGCUGUCAUCCAAUUCUUAGUGAAAUGUGAAUUAAUUUUCAAGUAUAUUUCAAAUCAUAUUUCUGUACUGGUGUUGGCAUAGAUCGAAUAUUUAAUAAGCAGUGCAAUGAAUGCUGGCUUAUCUUUUAACCCUUUGCAACAAGAAAGUUUACUUGAAAGUGUACUUUAUUAGGACCUGUGUAGUCCCAGAGUAUUUUCUGACAGUGUAUUUUCCAAUUUACAAAUUACUUUUAUUCUAAGCACUUUGGCAAGCCUUCUACCAUUCCUAUUAUUUUCUUUUGUACUGUAUGCUGUAAUACUUAAAUUAUUCUCAGUGAAUUAAAAUGAUAAAAUUUUUUCAUUUGAACUUUUACAAGCAUGUGUGAGGAGGCAGAUCUGUGAUGUUAGACUUUCUUUAAGAACAUAGCCUGUAACUUCAAAUAUGGCUUUUUGGAUUAUAUGUUUGGCCAAUUUCAGGGCAGUUCAAUGACAUAGGUUUAAGUAGUUUUAAACCUUAUACCAAGGAGAUGUGGUAUUGAAUUAGCAAUCCAGGAUUGCUUUUGGUUUGCAUAACCUUGCUUUGUGAUAUGUACAGAAAACUCUUACUUAUUAGUUUCAAAACUAACACCAAUCCUGAUGUGGACACCUGCAUUUUCCCGUGCUACAAGCAGGUUGCCUGUCUUAACUCUUUCACUCCCAGAUCUCACAAGUAAUUCUCGUUACUGUCCGCCAUACAGUUCUUAUGAUGUUAGUCCAGAGAAUUUGGUAUUGGAUCAACUAACAAUUGCCCAACUAAUAUUUCUCUUUAUUCUAAUCACAUCUCUUUUUUACUUCAUAUUGAUUUUGUAAGGAGAAAUUCUGUCUAAUGGUCACUCCUGGGAGUUGAAGGGUUAACUUGGAGUUUUAUUGGCUCUUUAUGAUGUCAAUGUUUGCUGUGAUUGGCUGUUGUGAUUGCUUAAAUUCAAUUUACAAAACUCUAGCAAAAACUGCUUUAGAAGUAAUCAGUGACUAUAUUGCUUUUGCUCUACUGAACUUAACUUGCUCUAUCCUCUAAGUUAAUAAGGUAAAAAAUGGAAACUAGUGAUGAUUAACACCACACACCAUCCCACCACUUUGGGUGGGGGCUGAAAACCAAGACUUCUGCUGGAGUCUCACUUCAUUUUUCUUUCGGAAGCAGGAUGGUAUAGUGGCAAGGGUGCUCACCUCCCACCACUGUGGCCUGGGUUGUAUUCCUGGUCCUGCAUGAAGUUUGAUUUUGUUGUUGGUUCUCAGUCGUCCUUGCUUCAAGGGCUUUUCUCUGGUCCUCCAGUUUUCCUCUCUCUACAAAAGCAACAUUCAAAAUUCCAAUUUGAGACAAGAUCAGCCAGCUAGUGGAAUGUCCACUGCUAAGUUGUCAUUGUAAUGUUUAUUAUUAUUAUUAUUAUUGUUAUUAUUAUUAAUUAUUUUGAAAUUAUUUUGAUAAAGGCCAGGGUCAGCUGGCAACUCCUGGGGGUUAAAGGUUUAGAAUUAUUAUAGAAAGCUAACAGGUAACUUUUUUUUUCGAAUUUUUCAAACAAGUUAAAUUUCUGUCCACACUGGUAAUAUGUGAUUAAAAAGAUGCAACCACAUCAGACAAAUCAUUAUACUCCAUAACAAGUGCAUGUCUAAGCCAAACCAUGGUAUCCUAGAAAAUAUUACUAGUUUAACUGUUUGUUAAUGAAACAUUUACCUCCUAGCAUGUAUAAUGAAUUAAAUUUGAAAGUAAAAUGCUACUCAUUUUUUAGAGAUUUGAACUUGUUAGCAAUCUCAGCCUAUAUUUUUUUACCUCAAGUGCAACAUAGACUUUUUUUCUACCAAUUAAUCAAAGGGUGCUGUAUGAGAUACAUCUUUGUUAUUGUAAGUGUUAACUGUGAACCAUGUAAAUACAAUUGUGGUUUUUGUAGUUGUGGAAUGUAUAAAUUUCUAUACACUCCACAACUAAAGUUAAGCAAACCCUGUCAAGAAUUCAGUUGCUCUUCUUACAGCAUCUUACAAAACUGAUAUUUCUUCUAAGUAAGAAACCUGACUGCAGGGCUCUUUCUUUAUCACUGCACACAAGCAAAAUAUUUUGUUUGUCUUAAACAUGAUCAGUCAUCCAUAGAAAACAUUAUCUUCAAUGAAACACUGGAAUUUAUUUCAGAGUAAAACAAUUCUUAAUCCCAACUAGAGAGUUCUAUAUACAUGUAUCAAAAGAACAAAGAAAACAGUCUGGCUGUUACUUAUCAAUCAUAAUCCUACAAACAUGUUUUUGUCGAAACUGUUUUAUAAAUUUUGUGCCCCAAGGGACACCUAAUUCUGAAAUGUUGUUGUUCAGGAUUUUGAAGUGUUAAUUAACAUGUAAAAGGAAUCUGUCAAAAUACCUUUCAGAAUAAUUUCAUGUUUUUCUCAAAAACCUUAAUCUUGAUGAUAGAAGCUAAACCUAAUCGGAUUAUUGACCUUAUGGUAUUUCUUAUGCACAUGCAAACGUUAUUUCUAAAAUUAACUAGUAAGUAUCUCCAUUAGUUCCCUUAUGAUUAAAAGAUGGCUUUUGCAAUUAUCAACUUACAAUUUUUUCCGUUUUGAACUGAAUGCAAAUUAAUUUUGCUAAUAUCCAUUUUAACUGUUUUAGCCACUAAUAGCUGAACUUUGGAGUCAGGUUUUACAAAACUCUUUUGUCUUUGUUUUUCUUAGUUUAUCCACAGGACACUGUUCUGUUUUUAGUAUAAGACAAUCAGAAGAAAAAAAACAAAUUCUGCUAUCAUCAGUUUAUUGUGUCAGUAAUUGCCUUAAAGCAAAGAAUUUACAAACAGGAAAUUUCUUUGUGAGACAUAAUGGUUUUGACAGAGAUUAAGCCAACCAGAACCACCCACAGUUUGAGAACAUUGCGGAACAAGCAAGGCUCUUCUGUCAACUUCAACAUUUGGAAACUUAAUCCUUGUGAAAGGGUUAAAACUGCUAGAAGUGCUUAACAUGUACAUUCUCCCUAAAAUAUAUAGACUUAUCAGACAGAUGUUGAUAACUGGAUUUAACACAAAUUCCCAUGAAUAAUUUACGAGGAAAUAUGUAGCAGCUAGAGGGGAGAAUUGACAAUCAGAUCUUGGGAGGUUAAGGGUUAACCUUGUCACUCCCAAGAUCUCGUGAUCAAUUCUCCUCUCUGACAUCAAUGCCCUUCUUAUAAUUUAUUGUAGUAUUGAGAAUUUGGUGUUAAGUCUAACAAUAUCCCCCUGUUGAUAAUUUACCAUCUUCUCAUUACCGGUCUGGUUGAUAAUGGAUUAAUAAUGUAUUGAAAAAAUGCUCAGUCAAUUUAGUCACUCCUGGGAGUGGAAGGGUUUAAAUCAUUUUAUCAGCACCAGAAAAUAAAAUUUUUAGCAGGUGGACUGAAAAAUAAUAUUUUGUGUGGCAAAGUAGAUCAUUUUCUUUCAAAUGUCCAUCUUACUUUAUGAGAACACUAACAUGAUCACAGAAUGCUGGUUGCCAAGUUUUCUAAGUUUGUAGCAAAUUUAGUAGCCAAAAUUUUUUUCUGAUAUUUGCAAUGAAUGUGGACCAAAACACUUUCAAUAUGAAAACACUUUCAACGUGGGAAGCUGUCAGGUCUUACACAGCUGUGCUCUAGCAGCAUUCAGUAGCCCUUGGGACCUUUCUGUAAUUUGCAACUGGGGGAUCUUAGUUUUUUCAUAAAAGGCAUUCACUAGGCAUGCACCCUGGAUUUCAUAAUUUCUCUGAGAGCGCAGUCUUGUGCUACCUACAUUUUUACCUUCAGUUGGUUGUAAUUUAAGAAAAUAAUUAAAUACAAACUUACAAUUAAAAUAAUAUAUAUUUUUUUCACUUAUUUUCUGCAAAUGUUAAGUCAUGCAGGAUUUACCCUAUAGGUACAGUACAUGUAUGUGAUAGGCUCAGCAAACCUUUAUCAAGAGAGUGUUUAAAGAACUGUGUUUACUUAACGUAAACAUUCCACUACUAAAUCAUGAAGUGAAAGCAUUUUUGUUUGAUAAUAUUUGAAAAUAUAAAAUUUAGCUAAUCACCCCUGAAUUUCAUAUUUAAAGGUUGCAAGAGUAAAGGAAAUGAUCACCAAAUAAAUAACUUCUGCAUGACUGCCAAACAAAUUCUCCCACUCAUCCCCCUUAAAGAAGUAAAUAGAAAACAGUAUGAAGAAAAUGCAUAUCGAUGUUAGGGUGUAAUGAAUUUUUUGCUACUUGCCAAGGGUCGCUGGUUAGUUACUCAUUGGCUAUGAAGUUUUGUUGCUUGAUUGAUAGUACCAUAAUUCAUGUCUAGAUUUGAACAUGAAAUCCCAGGAUCUAUGAGUAAUCUUUUUUAUUUUUUAUUUACAGGAUAAAAGCUUGCGAGACUCUUUAAAAAUUGGCGGAUCGGAAGAAGACUCCAUACAAGACAAGACUAUUACAAUUGUGUAUGGGUCAACUUUAGUAGAUAUCUGCUAUGUGAACUUUGUUGCUCCUGGAUCUGUGAACACUGCACGUGAAUGGGCAGAUGCUUUGUUUUGCUUAACACACAAUCUCUUGGCCAUAAAUGCUUCACCUAUCUCCUUCCUUGAAAAACUGUAAGUCCACAAAUUGAUUCAAGAGUAAUUUUGAGUGACAGUUGUCAGUAAAUAUAAUUUGUGGAACACAUGGUUUAAACCUUGGCUAGAUUAUCGUUUUGUUUUCAUUGACGAGGAAAUUAAAUCUCACGGUUAUUCUCCCCACCCUCUUCAUCCUAAGAGUGCAAGUUGGUACCAGACAAACUUGGCAAAAAUUCAAUGUUGACAUUUAAGGCCCAGCAAAAGCUUUUAUUAAAAAGCAUUAGAUGAAAUUCUCUGUAAGAUGGCCGAAUGCGAUGGCAUGAGUAGGGAUUGAAAAAGCAAAAUGGCCCCACCAGAUGUGAGCUAAAAUGAAUAAGAAAAACAAGGGAAGCCCAAUGGUCAUAUAAUAAAAUACUUGUUGACUGGUUUUUGCCAGGCCUAAUAGGAAAAUAUUUGGCUCUCUGCCAUGAUCUCAAGCCAAAAAUAUUUCCACACAGCCCUCCCACUCAGUCGAUAAGGUGUUUAUGAGUGAUGAAAAUGUUAGUAAUAAUAGCAUUGAUGACCAACGAUAUGGUAUUUGUAAUAGUUAUUUACUAAACGUUAAAAGUUUUGAUUUUUUUCCUAUGGGAUUUUUAUCAUUUUUUGUUUUGGUUUUAUAUUUUGUUUAGGGCAAUGCUCAUCCAAAACAAAUUUCACUUAAAAAUUGACACAUACUUCUUUUAUCUCUUUUAUUUCAUUUUGAUUUACAGCCACUCUAAAAUAUGUGUCCAAACAAGUGGAGAUGGAAAAAUCCCUGUAAAAAAGUAAGUCCCUCUACAGUAGGCAGCAUGCUCUAGUGAAUACAGGACAGAUUUGUACCUUUCCUUUCUUCAAGUAAAAAUAGUGAUCGUGUUCACGAGCAUUUUGAUCUAGUUGAAGUAUUACGUAAAUAAAUGUCUACGUUCUCACCAUUGGAUCUUGUGAAGGUGAAAUGUCUUAUCAGUAUCAAUCAGUAAAACUUUUAUAUUGUUUCUCACUUAUGAUUAUUGUGCGAAAUGACCACUAAGAAUUGUGUGAACGGUCCAAAACUUGUGCUAAAAGACUUGUGCGAAAAGUCUUUUGUGCAAAAUGUCCGGUUACCACUCUUAGACUAGUAAGUCAAAGGAAAAGUGAUUGCAUAUUAGGUUUCUUCACCCUUUUAACUCCUAGAAGUGAUUAACAAGUAACUUCUCCCUAAAAUAUCCAUGCACUAUCCUGCAAACAGGUAAUGAGAAUACUCAACUAAUGUAUCUGGUGGAAGUUGUUAUCUUGAUUUAACAACAAAUUCUCAUAACUAAUUGACAAGGAAAUGUGUAGCAACUAGAGGUGAGAAUUAACAAUCAGAUCUUGGAAGUUAAUGGUUAACAUCAAUAGGAGACAAAGGGCCAGUUGUCAGAGAAACUUCGUGUGAAUACAGUAUCAAGUGGACAAGGGAAGAGAAUACAGAAAAAAAUAAAUUAGGAAUGUUUAAGUUGACUGCGUUUCAUUUUAAAUUGCAGUAUUUUAAAAUAUGUGAGUUCCAGCAAAGAAGAUAAAAAAAGAGUGCUGGAUACGCUUCAGUCUGUGGGUUUGCCUCAUGGAAAAGUGAGUUGUGUCAUUGAUUUGCAAUUUAAUGUCUCUUCACAUUAUUUAGCAGCUGUAAAACUCACUAUUAGAGCAAUUUUCAGUUUUUCAUAGAAAAUGGUGGCUGUUUUUUUUUUCAAUUUCUAUCAUAAUAAAAAUCAUACUUCCUAAUAAAUGAUUAUACUAAAUUUUUUGUUUGAAUCUAAUUUCUUUUGUUCUUUUUUUUUUUGCAUUUGCUUUGCUUCUCUCUCAGAAUGAUACUAUUGCCCCUGAUAAAUUUAGUUUUGAAGAAUUCUGGACAUUCUACAGCAGACUAUGUGACAGAAAAGAUAUUGACAAAAUCUUUGCCGAAAUGUAAGUCUGAAAACCUUGGUAUAAUAGUUGAAUUAUUAAUAGCAUUUACAUCUAUUCAGCUUUCUUACAACAUCUCAUUAUGUACUAUGAGAAGCAAAAGCCUUGGCACAAUAUAUUAUAAUUACUAAUUUUUGUUUUUGCUCUAACUUUCAUCAAUCUCCUCACAUCUCCCAUUUCAAUGUUGCCUAGUGUUAGCCAAAGGAUCACUAAUUUCUUGCAAAAGUUUUUGCAGCAUUUUUCGGUGAGAAAAGGGGUAACUUUUAAGUAGUUUAUUAGGGAUGAAUUGCAAGGUUUCUAUGUGUUAUGUUGAGUAGAGGAUUGUUGACCACCCACCAGCUAAGAGAGAUGUGCCAGCUACUUUUGCCUCUUGUUGUAGAUUAGGAGUUUAAUAGAGAUAAAAUAAAAUUUAUGAUAAAAAUGGUUGUGUAUACAUGUAAUUUGCUUAGAACCACUCACUAGUUUGGGAGCAUUGGCUAAUUGGUUAAUUUCACAAGGUUAGGCUACCCUUUAGUAUCUAAAACACAGCCAGUGUCAUUUAGUUUCAUAUAGUACAUUUUAAUUGUAGAGGGAAAAAAAAAAUUGGUUUUCCUGAGCAUACAUCUCCUUAAUCCUUUGACAAGCAUCUGAGUUCUUCUUACAACAUCACUGAAUCACACAUAAAGGUCACGGAAUAAAGGAAAGGAUCACUAACUGAAGAAGCUCUUGAUUGUUAAACAAAUUCUCCUUGUCAGCACCUUAGGAAAUGUGUGAAGAACAGUAUGGAGAAUAUGCAUACUGAUGUUAGGUGAAAAGGAUUAAGGUGUGAGUGAGACUUGUUUCUGUACUUACAUGUGCAUUUAUUGACUCAGUGGUGCAAAGAAGAAGCCAUACCUUACAGUGGACCAACUUGUGGAGUUUCUCAACAAUGAACAAAGAGACCCUCGCCUAAAUGAAAUCCUUUUUCCUUAUUGCACAAGUGAAAAAGCUCAAGCUAUAAUUGACAAAUAUGAACCAAAUAGAGACUUUGCAAAGAAGGGUAAGUUGUUAGAGGAAGUAAUCUGACAGUUGCACACUUUAUUUUGAAAUGAUUAUUGGUGCUUGAGAAAAUUGAAUUUUACUAAUAAAAGUAGUUCAAGCACUUUCCAUUUGGUCAAAUUCAUAAUCAAGUAGCCUUCAACUUUGUAUUAAGUUUUUGAAUCAUGAGUACCUUGUAAAUGAUUUAUGCAAAUGUUUGCCUCACAGAAACUUUAGAGUAUUGGCACUGUUGAAAGACUAAGUGUAGCGCCUUAGAAAAACAAACACAAUAAUUAUUAAUUGCAAACAAGUAAUAACUAACAGUAGUUAAUUGUCUUUGUUCAUGGCUUUUGUUUUUGCAUAGCUUAGUUUUUGCACCCUCAUAGCUUUUUACCUUUGUUAAUUAGUCAUACACUGUGAAUGAGAUUUUUCCCCUAUCCAACGAAGUAUAGGUGAUAGAGUUUAGAGUGUCUUCCAAAAGAUCUCAAAUAGUAGUUUAUUUUUUUGGUGUUUUGUCUGACCAGCCACCUUGGAAUUAAAAUGUUACAGCCUUUUACAUGACUACUUAAGACAUGGCACUACUUUAAAUGACUUCCCACUACUCUUUUGCUGCAAAAUUAUUUUAGUCACCAAGGGAAUGAAAAUGGUUGCAGUUUGAUGCACUGUACCUUUAUGUUGAAAGCUAUCUAAUGACAUUUUCUUGUGCUCAUCCAUGUUGAUUCUCUGUUUUGGCAGGAUUUUGUAGUUUAAUGGAAGGAAUGUUUUUCUCUUUUUAGGCCACUUUUCUGUUCAAGGACUCACAAGAUAUCUUAUGAGCGAUGACAAUUUCAUCAUCAACCAUGAUCGCUUGUCAUGUUAUCAAGACAUGACACAGCCCCUAUCACAUUAUUUCAUUAAUUCAUCGCACAACACAUAUCUAACAGGUGAUUAAAAACUGCUCUGAAAUAUACCCUCACUUGCUAAUUAACCUAAGUAACUUAUUUGACAUUUUACACCUUUUGGAUAUUACUUUGUUCAAUUUGGUGAAUGCACCUUUCAAUGACAAGGGGAGAUGUGCACAGGUGACCAAUGGUUAGUGCUGUGGACUGCGGGAGGAGAGGUCUGGGUUCAAGACCUAUGCAGGUUAUUGUGUUGUGUUCUUGGGCAAAAACACUUUACUUUGGACCAUAGAGCUUUGGAAAAUUGUGAGGGAAGCCUGAUGAAAUGCUUGGGGGGGGGCAACCUUGUGAUGAACUUGCAUCCCAUCCAGGGAACCUGGGACUAGCUCCACCUGGUUGGGCCACUAGGCUCAAGUUUAGACUGACCAAUACCUAAAUUAGUUUGCCUGAAUUAUUAUCACUACCUUGCACAAUUAGGACCAGCCUCUAGGUCAUAGAGAAUUUGAAAUUUUUUUCUUAGGUCACCAGUUGACUGGGAAAUCAUCAGUAGAAAUGUACAGACAAGCGCUAUUGGCUGGAUGCCGCUGUAUAGAAUUGGACUGUUGGGAUGGAAAAGACCAAGAUCAAGAACCUGUCAUCACCCAUGGAAUGACAAUGUGUACACAGAUCUCAUUUAAGGUUUGCUAAACAGACUUAAGGACUUUCACUAUCAAUAUCUCAAUUCUCCUCACAUACCCUCCCUCCCAUUUCUUAUUAUCUUUCCACUUGAUAAUGUAUUGAUAAUGUAAGGAGAACAUUCUUUUUGAUCACUCCUGGGAAUAAAGAGGUUAAAGGGAUGAGUCCAGUCCCCUAACCCCUCUGGCCAAGCUGCUUCCAUAAACAAAGAAUGGAGGGAACCAAUAAAAAGCAUAGAUGGAAAGACUUGGGGAGGAGAUGGCCCAGUGAUGAGAGUGCUAACCUUACACCCCUGUGGCCUGGGUUGAGUUUGUCAUCAGUUCUUGCCUGUAUUUCAAAGGUUUAUCUUUGGGUCCACUGGUUUUCCUUCCACCAGAAAAACUAAAAUUCCAGUUUUACUUGGAAACAGUGGGCAUGGAGAGUUACCUCAUGGAAAGUCCAAUGUGAAAUAUUGAACAUAAUUAUUAUCACUACUACUAUUAUAAUUAUUAUUAUUAUUUAUUGGGCUGUAUUGGCAUGAAUGAAGAGGUCCUUCUUUCAAUGUUUUGCUUGCUUGUUUCUGUUGUGUAAUUUUGGUUUUAUCGCACCUGUAUGAGAAAUACCUGAAAUCAUGCUGUGUUUCAUCUUUUUUAUAACAGGAUGUGAUAGAAGCAAUUGCAGAAUGUGCCUUCAAGACAUCAGAAUACCCUGUUAUUCUUUCCUUUGAGAAUCAUUGCAGGUAAAAUGAAUGCUAAGCCAGCUUCUUAUCUAGAUCAUUGCUUGUUUUUUAAAAUGAUCAAAGCUGAUGUUAUGAAGAAGAAAAUUUUUAACUUGAGCUCAACCACGUAUUUCCCUUGAAGUCGACUUGAAAGUCAUUUAACACUGCUUAUCAUCUAUAUCUGUGCAAGAUAUGUAUACUUUCUUGUUUCUUUCAGUCCUAAGCAGCAAGCUAAGAUGGCAGCAUACUGUGUCAGCAUCUUUGCUGAUAUGCUUCUCAACAAACCCUUAGAUGAUUUCCCAGUAAGUGUGUCCUAGUUUAUUUUUGGUUUGCAGUAUAAUUUUCUUGGGACAGUGACUUCCUCUGUAAAUUGAAAAGAAAGUUUUCAGAGAGAGCCAAUUAUGAAGUAAGCUACAUCUUCAAAACUAAGCAGGAGAAUUCUGCACAGCUUCAGAAAAAUUCUCCAAUAUCUGCUCUGUAAUGAGCACCCCUUUUGGUUUAUGGUAGAAUCUUUCCAAAUGAAGCUUUUCAGAUUUGUCUUUUGUAUUUCUUGUUGGUUUCUGUCGGUAACUAAACCACAUUAGUGCUGCAUGUAGACGGUUUUAUCGGGAAACAUUGCUCAUCUCACAUCUCUGUUUCUUUUUGUGUGAUUCGCAGUUAGAAGAAGGAAAAGGCCUUCCACCUCCAAAAGCACUGUUAAGAAAGAUUGUGAUUAAAAACAAGAAAAGGCCAUCAAAACGUGAGGAAGGUAACCUCAGAUAAUUUUCAUUUCUACACUGAAGCGUUGGUUAAAUCAAUUAUUUUAAGUAAUAAAUCUGUGAGGUAUUUUAUAUUCAUCCAAUGGAACAUCACAAGCAAUUUAGCUGUUCUGGGAUGCUUAAAAUUAAAAUAUUUCCCCAGGGAAUGAGAGGUGAUUUUGGUGUUAACCAUAAAAAUUACAAUUUCCUAGAUGGUGAUUGGUUUAAAAAAAAAAACUCAUUUUUUCCACUAAUUCACUUGCCGAGUUGUUACCGGACAGUUUGUUAUUGGACAAUUCAAUAAGCCAAUCACAUUCCAAGAUGUAGUUUAAGUCAACCAAUGACAUUCAUAGUUGUAGUUUGAAUCAACCAAUCGGACUUCGUCAGUCUUUUGGUGCAAAUUUUUCCUCUCUUUCAUAACUUGGCUAUGCUCUUUUUCUCGGAAAUGGUAAUGAUUAAGAUUAAUUGGUAAUAAGACUUUGUAUCGUCCAAUCAUCCAGAAUGAUAGCACAAUCGCACGAUCGGACAGCGGGAGUCCGAUUUGCUUAUCACUGGUAUUGAUUAGAGACCGAAUUGGAUGCCUUUCAGACCUAUUAGCAUAGCUUACAAAAUGCUUCCUUCAGUUCGUACUGUAACACAGUUUCUGGUAUCUUUAUUGCAGUAGGUGUGGAUGUCGAAAAGACCCCCAUAGACACCACUGCAGUGAUCAGCAAUGACACAAAGGUGGAAAAAGUCGAUGGAGAGAUAACUGAGAAUGGAGGUAGUGUUAUUAACGAGGAGGAUGUCAGCAAAGUGAGUAGAUCUACUAAAAGCAAAAUUGUGUUCGGGAAGGGUACCGAUUUAACACCAGACGUAGAUUCAAAAUGUGCUUUGGACUAAAUUGCACAAUAAAUACCUUACUCUCACAGUGUUUCUCUCCACCCGAGGGUAUAAAUGGCGAAUUUUCAGAGAUGCGUGAUUAAAUACAGGGGGGGUAACCUUGGGAUGGACUGACGUCUCAUCCAGGGGAGGGGGGGACAGUAACGCUCCAAGUCGUUUCAUGCUAAAUGGAAACCAGAAAAAGCUGUGGCUGGAUGGGUCACUUGGCUUAACCCUUUACGCCCUAACAUCAGUAUGCAUAUUCUCCACACUGUUUUUAUACAUUUCCUAAGGUGCUGACAAGGAGAAUUUGCUUGCCAAUCAAAAGGUUUCUUCCCUGGUGACCAUUUUCUCAAUUCUCAUGACUGUAACGUGUGAUUCAGGGGUGAUAUUGUAAGGAGAAAUUAGUUGCUAGUCACUCUUAAGGUUUGAAGGGUUAAAUACAGACUUAAACUGUUUUUCCUUAAUCAUCAGUUGCAUAUGCACAUGCAUUAAGCCGUCUUUUUUUUUCUGAAGGGGUACUAGUUUAAUGGGGUUGCUAUACGUGGGCUUUUCCUAAAUAUAUUGAUUUGACGUUUGAUUUCCUCUUUGAAAUUAACGCAGGCAGAUCAAGAGGAGGUUGCCCCAGAGGUUGAACUUUCUGCUCUUGUGAAUUACAUCCAGCCCGUCCAUUUUAAGAGCUUUGAGAUUUCUGAAAGUGAGUACACUUUUUACAAGUUGAGCAAGGACAGUUUUAAGCUAGGAACGUUCAUGGCUUAUUAGCGAGGGGAUGGAAGGGGGGGGGGGUUUAUGGAUCUGCUUGUGUUACAGUAAAAUUUACCUGAUUCCUCCCAUAAGGCUCUGAGACACGCCCCCUCCAUCGGCAGUCAAUUUUCUAUAGCCCCCCCCUGGAUAUUCUGUUAGUGACAACUGAUCCCCCCCUCUGUUCCUCCUGAAAACUAUGUGAUCCCCUCAAAAUACUUGGCCCCUCCCCUCCCCUUCCCCCCAAGCCUAAAUAUUGACUGGUCUCUAAGGAACAAAGAAACUUGGAAAAAGAUCUGACUUUCAAAUUUUGUCAAAUGACAUUUUUUUAAUCCAUUUUACAGAGCUGAACAGAAGUUAUGAGAUGUCCUCUUUUGUGGAGAAUAAUGCAACGGCCCUACUCAAAGAAAGCCCAGUGGAAUUUGUCAAGUAUCCUUUAAUAAACAUUACUGAAUGAUAAUUUAAUCGGAUUUAAUGAAUAAUUUGCCAGUUUAUUUGUAAGAUUUCCUUUAAAACAUAGUGUUUUUCUUAACUUCAACCAGUUACAAUAAGCGUCAGUUGAGUAGAAUUUAUCCCAGUGGCACAAGAGUUGGAUCAGCAAAUUACAUGCCCCAGGUAAAUAAAAAUAAAGCAUAUUCUUCUAUCUACAGUCGACUCCCGUUAUUGCGGACACUAUCGGGGCGAGAUGUAAUGUCCGUAAUAGCGAGAGUUUGUAAUAGCGGGGUACGACAAAAAAUUGAAUUGUUCUGUCUCUAACAUAUGAAAUAAUAUGUCCAUACGCAAACAUAAAGUUUCCAACGUGGCCUCACGAACCGGAAAAAAGAUCCGGCCUCAGGCAGGAAAUUCUCAUCUUCGCACACGAUUGAAGAAUGGUUUCUUUAUUUUACUUUAUCGUAAUGUCGCUUUAUAUUAUAUGAGUGAGGAUUUUGGACGAAGUACUAAAGUGUCCGCCAUAGCGAAAGAAAAAACAAUUGAAAUGUUGCGCGGGAGGGGCAUGAAAGUGUCCGCAUUUCCGUAAUAGCAAGAGUCCGUAAUAACGGAUAAGGGCUAACACUAAAAACGUCAACUCAGCAGAUUAAACCAGACAAUUUUGUUUUUUCCAGUAGCUGCUAAUUUCAAUGUCAAUUUAGGGUAGAACUUGGUUCUCAAAUGUUCCUGUUUCUUUAAUUUUUUUUCAUGUGCAGAUUUUUUGGAAUGCAGGAUGUCAGUUAGUUGCUCUUAAUUAUCAAACUUUAGGUGAGUUGAACUUCCUUUUCUCCCCGAGACCUUGGUCACAAGCAAACAACAAAAACAUCAUAGAAAAUGUUUUCCAAUUUUUUUGUGUAGAUCCCGGUUUAUAUAAAUGAGUAACAUCAUUAACUUAGAUGCAAGAAGUUUCACAGUUCCUAAACUCAAGUUUUCUUGUAACCAUGUUUGUAGUUUGCAUUUCAAAGUGCAGAAGGUGUUUGCAUCUUCUUGAUUGCCAUUGCCAUUGCAGGAGAUUGUGACUAAUGGUACUUUGGUAAAGUAUCAGUCUCGAGUCUAGGAUGACAACGAGAAUAAAGCAAGAGAAACUUGGCACAUGAAUUUGUUUGUUUGGAACAUUCUUUUGAAAUGUAAGAAAUUUAUUUCUUGGUUUCUUCGACAGACUUACCCAUGAUGUUGAAUCAAGGAAUCUUUGAGUACAAUGGCCGUUGUGGGUAAGUUGAGAUUGGUGAAUUGGAUUAAGGAUUUGGGAAGAAGAUAUUUUGUCUUAAUCGAAUACACACAGUCCCAUUUAAUUUCGCUAAACGUAGACGAAUGUGCCUUCUGGAUUACACUUAAUGUGAUGAGUUAAGUUUUGUUAAUUGUCAGUUUGUUUUAUGUUGUCACUCUUAAAGGUACAUAUUAAAGCCCAGCUUUAUGUGUCGGGCUGAUAAAUCAUUUGACCCAUUUGCUGAGUCCACAGUGGAUGGGAUUAUUGCUGGUGCAGUCACUGUUAGGGUAAGGAACAGCAGAAAGGCCUUGAGGCAAUUCAGAUCUUCUCAAGCAAAAUGUUAGUUAAAUUUCAUUCAUAGGGCAUCCAUCGGGAUAUAGCGUUGUGCAAUGACCUUAGAAAUUUAGACUCAGGUUCCCCUGAAGGAAAAGAAUCAAAAUUUUGAGUCAUUUUUUGCUGCCUGCAAAACUACCUUCGACUAGAGGAGGAAUAUUGCCUCUUUCAUGAAUGUGAAAGUGGUAAUUUUAAACCGAGACGAAAAGAGCAUUUUUGAGGAUAAAGAAGAUUGGCCCUUUAACUCCUAGAAGAGAUCAACACGACACUUCUCCCUAUAAUAUCCUUACAUUAUCCAGCAAACAGGUGAUGAGAAUAUUCAAACUUAUCAGGUAGAGGUUGUUAACUUGAUCCAACACAAAAUUCUCAUAACUAAAUUUACAAAGGAAAUGGGUUAGCAGGGAAUUUAAAGGGUCAGAGCGGAUUCCAGGAUCAAAUUUCAGUAUCUGGACAACUGCUCACCUACCCCUCCCCUUACUCAACAACAGUCAAUUGACAACAAGGUAAGGUUAAUGUUGAGUUAGGGGUGGGGUAGGUGGGCAGUUGCCCAGAUACUGAUAUUGAUCCGGAUUCCGGUUCCCAUAACUUCUGUUGCUGGGUGAUUAUCCAUGCAACCUUCACCAUCAUCUUCAUAAUUUUAUUGGCCUUUUGAAUAAGAUAAGAAAAAUUUAUACAGAAUUAUAAUUUAUAUAAGGCGGGAAGACCCAGGAAGCCACUGGGCUUAUGGGGGAAGGCCACCUCCCUUACAAAAUUAUAUUAAAAAAAGAAUAAAAGCUGCAAAUGUGCGGCUCGGCCAAUUCAGUGAUCUUUAAACUAAAAUAUUCUUGCAUUUUCAUCUUAAAGCAAGAAGAUUUGACGAACGAGAGGCUGAAGCAGAAAGAGAGUUCCAAAUUUUAGAACCUUUGUAGAGAAUUGUAAAUUGUUUGGAAUUUGUACGACGCAAAUUCGAUCAACAAUCACUGGCUGUUCUGGUACCAUAGCAGUGAAUUUGGCUUUUUGUCACUAAAAGAUUGAGAGGCAAUGGGGGCAUCUGACCUAUGUGCUUGAAAAAGACUGCUCGUGGCAUAUGAUUCUUAAUCAGACUCACGUUUUUUUUCUUUCAUUUCAGGUUAUCUCUGGGCAGUGGCUCACAGAAAAGAAAGUUGGCACAUAUGUUGAAGUAGAUAUGUAUGGCUUACCAGCGGACACUGUCAGAAGAAAGUACAAGACUAAGAUAGUGCCAAAUAACACUAUCAACCCAGUUUAUGAUGAAGAACCUUUUGUGUUUAAGAAGGUAAAUUAUUUUCGUUAGGUUUUCUGAGGGUGCCUUACACCCCUUUGUAAAAUUCAGUUACUUAAAAUUAUUUGGCUUUUUCACGCAUCGCGAAUUAUAUCAAAAAUUCUUUCAUGUUCACGCGAAAUUCGAGACCUUCACAUAAAAAUAAGAACCGAUUUCACGAAUUUAAUUUUUACCAUUCCUAGUCUUGACCAGUCUUAUGCGAAAAGUGAUGACAUGAUGUCUUAUUUUAUUUGUUCGAGGACCAUUAGCUAUCUUGUUUAUGACUUUUAUCGAUCUACAUGAAGUUCAUGUCCUGUCAAAACCCUGGUCAAAACUUAACCACAACCGUUCGAGAAAAAUACGUUUCAACUCAUUAAAAAGCCGGGAUUCAUCACUCAAAACAAAACGGUUCACGGAUCACGUUUAAUUCAGUUCUUCAUUCACGAGUCACGUUUAAGUUAAAAAAAUCAGUUCACGUGGACACAAAAAGAUCUUAAUAUCUUUAAUCACGAUUCAUAAAUGAGGAAAAAAUCAAAUCACGAUUCACGAGGUAAAAAAUCGCGAAAUCACGCUUCACGUAAAAGUAUAGGGGACUCUUUUCAGUGACACAAUCGGCUGCGCCUCAAGUGUCACCUUCUUGUUUUUAUCCAAAUUUGACGUCAUCUGUGAUCUUUAACCGAACAGAUUCACGGUAACAUGAAAUCUAUUUGUUAACUCUUUAACUCCCAGAAGUGAUUAACAUGUAACUUCUCCCUAUAAUAUUCAUACAUUAUCCAGCAAACAAAUAGUGGGAAUACUCAAACUCAUCAGGUACUGGAUAUUACCUUGCUUGAACACCAAAUUCUCGUAACCAAUUUACAAGGAAAUGUGUAUCAGCUAGAGAGGAGAAUUAACAAUCAGAUCUUGGGAGUUAAAGAGUUAAAAGUGUUAUUCUUCCCUUUUGGAAAGUCCCAACGGCAAAGUGGUUCACUCUUUGUUUAUCUUCCAGGUUGUUCUACCCAGCCUAGCAGUUUUAAGAGUAGCAUUAUAUGAAGAGAGCGGGAAACUCAUCGGCCAAAGAAUACUUCCAGUAGUGGGUCUUAGUCCAGGUGAAUUUCUGAGUAAAUUGAUACUUGAAUGAAAUUAUUAUAUUUCAAUCUCUGUGAACCGAAAGCAUUCCUCUAAAUGUGAAGAGUCAAUUAAUGCAGCAAUUUUCAAUUCGUGUCGAAAUAAUCCGGGAUUGUUUUGAUUUUGCUUUACUUCGCUCUGUGAUUAGUUCAGAAAACUUGCGCCACUUUCUCAACCAAUCAGAUUAAACUAAAACCUAUCGCAAUGUUUCACACCCGUUUUCCCGCGCUUCAGGGAGUUGGCUUGUUUUCACUUCGAGUUCUCAUUGGCUCCCCGUGAUAUUUUCCUCGUUUUGAUUGGCUGUUGCGAUCGCUAUGGUCAUGGUUUGACGACAGUCAAUCGAAAAGCUCUCUGAGUCGGUGAUGAUGUUUUGACUCCUUAUGAAGAGAAGACACUGGUUGCAGUUAAGAAUGUAAACAGCAAAAUUAGUUAAUAAAAAACUUUGUCGGAAAUGUUCAUUGUUCUAUCCUAACAGGAAAACAUCUUAUAUUUUUGAUUGACAGGUUAUCGUCAUAUUAAGCUACGUAAUGAAUCUAAUCAACCUCUUUGUCUCCCCACAUUAUUCGUGCACAUUGUUACAAAGGACUUUGUUCCAUCUGGAUUUGAAGGUAUGUUCUAAAUUCCUAAUUACUUUCUGCCCCGCUGCGUGACAAUUUCCCGCGCAAAAUUUCAAAGGAAAACUUAAGAAACAACCACUGUUUACUCAAAAAAGCAAAAGAAAAAUUGAAACUUUAAUAGAAAUCUGUUGUAGGUAACGAAAGUAGGAACAAUGUAAAACAACUUGGUUCUGACAGGCCGAAAGCACUCUACCAAGUCAUUACAACGUUCGCACAUGCGCAGACGUUCGACCGCUGUGUCACAUGAACGGCGUAUCUCACGUUAGAGUUCUCUGCAGUUCAGUGGAAAAGCAUCUGAGCGCGAAAGGGAUUCGAUUCCUUACUGGAAAAUUAUAUUUUGGCUUUCUUCCAAGCUCGCGAUGAGACGAAAAAAAUUUAUAUUCCUAUAAAAGAACGUUGUUGUAUGUAAGACAGUUGGUGCAGAAGGAACAAGUUUAUGACAUUUCAGUUGACUAUCCUAGCCUAAACAUUGCGCUUUACACUCAAACAUUGCAUGAAAAGGAGUGGUAACUUUUUUUAUGGUUGUAGUAGGCUUUGUUGAUGUUGUAAGACAGUUGGUGCAGAAGGAACAAGUUUAUGACAUGUCAGUUGACUAUCCUAGCCUAAACAUUGCGCUUUACACUCAAACAUUGCAUGAAAAGGAGUGGUAACUUUUUUAUGGUUGUAGUAGGCUUUGUUGAUAGCACGAAAUUGUGUUACUUUUGCAUCAGCCUCUGAUAACAGAAUCGCUUGUUCGAAGCUAUUUAAGUAGAUUCUGUUAACCAAUAGAUGAGCAAUUUUUUUCCACAGAUUUUGCAAAUGCGUUGUGUGACCCCAUUGCAUAUCAUCAAGAAGAGAAAAGACAGCAACAGUUACAAUCUUUGUUAGACGAUGAGGAAAUGGAAGAGGUAGGGGUUUGAAAUAUGGAAUACUCUUAAAUUGGAAACGACCGGGUCAAGCUUUUCCAGGAUAAGCUUUGGGCAGGAGUAUUCCAUUUUGCUGUUUGUGGGAAAGAUGACAAAGUCGUGAAGGUCCAUGCAAUUGUAAAAAGAGCACGGUUUUAGGUAAAACGGUUUUUUUGUGUAAGCUUUGUGAAAUAAUUUUGAGAACGAAAGCUGAAGGCAAACUCAGUUAUUUUAGCAGGGUUGUCACUUAAGUUUGAAGAAGGUGGUGUUGAGUCUAGAAAUUUUUCCUCGAUCUCUAUUGUAUUCUUAGACUCAUCUUGAUUUGACGACAGAAGAAACCAGCUCAGUAGAACUGAGCAGAGGGAUUUGCUGGCCUUCAACGGCUAGCUCUCACACAUGUAAAAUCUUGAAUAAGAACCUUGCACUGCAUCAAUCGUGAACGUAACUUUAUUAUAACGAUCUCUUUAUUAAACUGGAGAUUAAAGUGGUUUACUAAUCAGUAAUAUUUUAAUUACUUCAAGGAUGCGGCAGGAUCCGAAGCUGUGGUAGAAGAUGGUGGAAAGGUAACUGAAAACGCAAAAGCGAAGUCUGCACCAGGAAGAGAGACAAGGAAGUCAAUAUCAAUAAAAGCAGAGAAAAAGUCAAUAAAAAGAAAUUGCACGAGUGGUGAGUGUAAUGUUUUGUAAAAAUGUUUUUGAAUUGUCAAAGUAAGGGGAUUGUAAUAAGUUGGUGGGAUUGGCAAAUGUUUAUGAUGAUAAUGGUUGUUAUUAUUGUCGUUUUUCUCUUUAUUGUAACUGUAUUAGGAGGCAAUUGCAAUCAUAUCAUAUCUGUGUCAAACCAUACAAUUUCUAGUCUAGUCGCUCUGACGAAGGGCUAACGCUCGAAACGUCAGCUUUUUUACCCUUUACGGUGGCUAAUUUACGUUUUCAACCCAGUUGUUAACACUAAAUUACCUGCCAUACAAUUUCUAGUUUUAGUUUCUCUCGUAGUAAGUCGUAUUGCUGAGAAGUCAUUAUUUUAUAUAUGUAUUUGUACUGCUGUGAAGGCCGUAAGUUAGAUAACUCAUUGGGUUAAUUACGUCACCUUCGUUAAAUAAAGAAUAUUGUUGUUGUUGUUGUCUUAAAGGGCAUUUGCGAACCAGGAAGUUUUUUUUUUUCCUGUAAACUGCAUUUCCUCUAAGUGUUUUUCAGUAAUAUCAUGACCUCUAGAACGCUAAAGAAGACUGGUGAUAAGGCAACAUGAAUGAUUUUUAGGUUAACAUUGCAUCCCAAAACGCUUGAUGUUCAGUAAAUAGUUUGAAUAUAUAUUUUUCCCGAUAUUUCAAGAACAUAUUAUACGCGGAAGACACAUCCUGUUUAACCCUUGAACUCAUAAGAGUGACAAGCAUCUAAUCUCUCUGUACAAUAUCACGCCUGAGUCACACAUUUAGGUCAUGAGAAUAAAGGAAAUGAUCACCCACAAAAGAAGCUUUUGAUCGGUAAACAAAUUCUCCUCUUCAGCAGCUUAGGAAAUGUAUAAAGAACAGUAUGAAGAAUAUGAAUACUGAUGUUAGGGUGUAAAGGGUUAAUAGCUGUUAAUAAAUUACCUCGUUUGUGCUUGGCUUAGUUGGUUCGUAGUUACAGGUAGCACUUCUAGAAGACCUCAUUUUAGCUUUGUGGCAUGGGGUGAUUAUUGAUGGGUAAAGGACUAAAAGGAGUCCAAUUCGGUCUGUAAUUAUACGAGUGAUUAGCAGAAUCGGACGACCGCGAAGCGGGAGUCAGAUUUGUUAAUCACGAGUAUUAUUUCAAACGGAAUCGGACGACUCGAAUUCCUGUUACCAGGUAACAAAAAGUACGACAAAAUUUUAGAAAGAAACUAGACAUCGCUUGUACUUUUUCGUCGUAUUAGUUCUCAAAACAGGCUGGUGAUAACCAAUCACGUUCGAGAAUUUUGUUAUAGUUUUGAUUAGUGGUAAUGUUAGGGUCCAACGACGAAGCCUGAUGAAAUUUUGGGGGGUAACCUUAGGAUAGAAUGCAUCCCAUUCAGGGUGGGGGGGAAGGGAGUAGUGAUACUCCUAGUCGCUUCAUGCUAUGGAAACCGGGCAAGGUCCGGCUGUAUGGGCCACUACUGGGUUCGAGUACAGACUUUACCAACCCAGUGUCCGAAAAUGGUUGCUAUUAAAAAUAAAAAAAUAAAACAAAAAAAAAACAAAAAAACCUAAAUACUCUCCUUUAAUAUUCCUAGAUUCACUCGUAGCUGAAAUCAAUCCUCUGAAUCAAAGACGAGGCUCAGAAAUGAUUCUAAGAGAGGCAUUACGGCGAGACAGCUCCCGUGACAGUAUUUCUGGCAUCAAACCACUUCAGCCACAGAAGAGCGGCAACCCCCAUGCCAUCACGAGUCGUUCCCUUUCGCUCCAAGCAGCCCCUGUGACAGGAGAGAGGGGACCUUUUGCCAAAAGAUCUAGGAGUACCAAAAAACGAGAAGGCAAGACGCAGUCUCUUAUCUGUUUUACUGCUGAAGGUAAGUACCUGAAGGAUCUCAUGUGGCUGAGGACUUUUCAAGGGGCCUUAUUUACGGCCCUAUAAUUUUGAGGAUCUAUCUUUUACGGACUUUUCUUUUCACGGACCUAACUGUCUUUCUUUUUCUGGUAGAGAAAUCGUUGGGACUGGAAAGUUUGAAACUUUUCCCCUUUUCUCUUGCUCAAAAUGUUUUUGAUCUGUUAUCAUAUUCGGCUUAGGAAAAAAUUAAUGAGUUCCAGGAAUCUUUGAAAGUUAUACCGGCAAAUAAACAUACCCGGUAUGGGAUGACAUUUAUUCAGUUUUAGACCCUGAAAGUCAAUUAUUGCGCAUGAAACGAAGAAAUUCCAUCAUUUACCUUUGUUAAAAACUGCUGUGGCUAGUAUUUAAAAUGCUCUUUUAAAAAUUCUUAUCGUUUCUAGUCGUUCAAAAAACUGGAGUUUCAAAUUGUAACCGGCAAAGUUUUCAACAUUAAUGUUAACCCCCAUAUGGGACCUAAACCAUUAAAACCAAAGAAAAAUAACUUUUUGAGUGAACAUGAUAUUAUUUAAUCAGAAGGACUCGAACCAGUCUCUUUUCAAAAAAUGUGAUAAAUUUGAGGCCUCAAAUCCACAUGGGAACCAUCGGGUAGGUAGAUUCAUUGUUUAUUUUAUUUAUUAAUAACUAAUUAUUAAAGGUGUGAUCCUAACAGUUAACAUUAUUUUAACCUACUCACUAACCCUACCACAUUUCGGACUACUAAUACCAUGAAUUAAUUCAAAAAGUUAUUUACUUUAACUAUCUGAUUAAUGAAAUGAAGUUAACCGAUAUAGAGCGCUUUUCGAUUGAGUGUCGUUAAACCGAAACGAAAAUAAACGCAACGACCAAUCAAAGAAAAGGAAAGUACUUUCAACAGCCAAUGAGAACUCAAUAGCCCAACUACUUAAAGCGCGGGAAAACUCUUGCAACUAAGUCGUCAUUGGUUUUUAGGUUUACAUCUAAUUGGCUGAGAGAGUGACACGAGUUUUUUUGGACCAAUCACAGAACGAAGUGAAGCAAAACCAUUGCAAUCUCGGAUUACUUCUGACACUCAAUAGAAAAUCGCGCUAUUUCUUGUAGUGAGUGUUAUGUUAAAGCAAAUUUUAUUCUAAAAUUAUCAUCUCCAAGCACAGAAUGAUUUAUCUUAUCCCCUCUGGAAAAAUCGUUAACAUUUUAAAACUAGUCAUUCUUGUCUCAGUAAAUAGAUGAUGAUGACGUUAAUAAUAAUAAUAAUAAUAAUGACAUUGACAAGUUGUAUAAUCAUUAUUCUUCUAAUACUGCACUUGCACCCAGAGAUGUAAAAUGUGCACUAACAUUAUCGGAGAAAGACUAUUGCAUUUCUGAGAGCGGUUUGGCCUUCGUUUCUCGGCAGAAUAUUUUUUUCCUUGUAAAGAAGAAAACAGCUGUUUCCCUUUCUGUCUCUCUCUUUUUAUACGUAGUGUAUUUGCAAUUUUUUUUUUCAAUUGAAAUAAGAAAGAAAUUGCCGUAGCAGAGAACACUUGUGCAAUUGUUAUUUCCGCGUAGCUCCCAGUGCGCAUUUUUUUUAUGUUUGUUGUUGCCCCCUUCUCCCUCCCCCCCCUCCCUCUCCCUUCCCUUCCCCUUCCCUUCCCCUUCCCUUCCCCUUCCCUUCCCUUCCCCUUCCCCUUCCCCUUCCCCUUCCCUUCCCCUUCCCUUCCCCUUCCCUUCCCCCUUCCCCUUCCCCUUCCCUUCCCUUCCCUCCCCUUCCCCUUCCCCUUCCCCUCCCCUCCCCUCCCCUCUCCCCUCCUCCCGUCAAAGAUAUGAUGGCGCUUCCCUUGCCGUUUUAUAUCAAGUAUAUUAUUCAAAUUCUAAAUUCAGGAUAAUGUUUGUUUUCAGGGAGUAGUAUAAGGGAAGAAAACAUGGCAUUCCGACAUUUUUGUAGGUGCCCAUUUAUUUUUGAAUAACCCAAUUUGUUUUUCACUAUCAUCUGUACCACAUAUAGAGUGCUUUUCGAUUGAGUGUCCAAAGUAAUCACAAAAACGAAUCAGAAGAAAGGAAAAAACAUUAAGAGCCAAUGAGAACUCGGAGUAAAAACAACCAAACUGCCCAAAGCGCGGGAAAACGCGGGCGACCAAGUUGUGAUUUGUUUUGGUUUCGCAUCUGAUUGGUUGAGAGAGUGGCGCGAGUUUCCGGACCAAUCACAUAGCGAAGUAAGGCAAAACAAAUGUAAUCUCGUUUUUGCUUUCGACACUCGGUUGGAAAUUGCUGUCUCUAAUUUACCCUUUGAAAGUUCAUUUAAAUAAUGAUAACUGAUCGCAUGAAACUUAUUUAAAAGUCUAAUUAACCUUCCAGUAACUUAAUUUGUUAACAUUUUUGUAACCUUUUUGUUGAACUCAGGCUAAAAAUAAUCAUAUCGACUGUUUGUUGUCUGGAAGGUUCCGGGUGUCACUGGUUAACCUUUCAAUUAUAUACGUACAAGUAGGUAGAGGUGACCCAUUAGAGUGCAUUCCAAACGAAUGUUGCAAAACUAAAGUUGAUAAAACAUGAAAUCUUGUGUAUUUCAUUUACACACAAUGAAAUAUUAAGAUGAAAUUAUAGACUUACUUUGAUUUCCACCUCUGCCCAUACUAAAUAAGACGAUCUUGUGUCUCAGUGAAUCAACAGGUUCUUUAACAAUCGCUAAAUGAUAACAAUCAGUAAACAUUUGAUGGCCUUGUAAAUGUCCAUAAUACAAAAUGAGAAUUUGAUAAAACGGGCUUUGAAUAGCGUAAUUGCAAACAGUGAAAGUUAUUUUGUAUUAACACUUAAUCUGCAAAGUAUGGUUGACUGGCAAGUCGCUUCAAAACUGCUCUGCAACACACCAUUCCAUCUGUAACUUUUCACGUUAUCUUUUUUAAUAUAAUAUCAAUUGAAACCAUUUUGAAAUCCUGCAAAUUGUUCCAACAUGUCCCCACGACUUUUACCUUAGUAUGUCUUGGCCUUUAUCUUUUUGAAACUGAGUGCUGCAGUUAGGUUGAAUCAUUAUUGAUAGAUUUGUUAUACAAUGAGCCUUUUUGAAGGAUUCUCGUUCCUUACCGACAUACAGCCUUAAAUGCAACAAUCGUUUCACAUGACAACUAACAGGAUAAGAUAAAAUUUCAAUUUUUUUUGACAACCAAAAAUUGUGUACUUUGUAGAAACAAUCAUUUAUACUGUUGUGCAAGGUUUUCAAACAGAGGUGACGAUAAUUUCGUAUCCUUAAGUAGCAAAAAAACUGAUUUAUGUUACUAUCUGGAGGAAGUAUAUUGAGGGGUUCCAAAAGGGGAAAAAACGGUUCUUUUACAGCCAAAUAAUCUUGGAAAAACUGGGGUCUUUGUAGAGGGUGGGAAGGGGGCCAAGGUUUUUAAGAAAAUCUCCAUUGGUAGGGUGGUGGGGGAGGGGGGGUAUUUGUAUUUGCCAUGGUAAGGGUCGGGUAGGGCGUUACUGAUCUACCAAUACGUAGUCAGUCACUUGCACUCCGUCUCUGUUUUUUAACCCUUUAAUUCCCUAGAUCUGAUUGUUAAUUCUCCCCUCAAACUUUUUCACAUCUCCAUGUAAAUUAGUUAGGAGAAUUUGGCGUUAGAUCAAGAUGACAACUUCUGCUUGAUAAGUUUGAGAAUUCUCAUUACCUGUUUGUUGGAUAAUGUAUGAAUACUAUCGGGAGAAGUUACAUGUUGAUCGCUUGUGGGAGUUGAAGUGUUAAAACUAUUUGAAGCUGGGAUGGCAAGCCUGUCAUUUUCAGACACCCUCUUUGUCAUCCAUUUUAAAAGAUGUAUUGAGCAUCUUUUUGCUUAGGAGAAUGUGUUUUUUAAAAUAUAUUGUGUGACAACGUUAGGGGACUUAGGCAGUCAAGACGGCAACGCUAAGGAAGACUGGGAUUAAGUAAUGAAUAAAUAUUUUUAAUUAAAUUUUGCGAAUGCCUGGAUGUGUUUAUCGUCUCUUACGGAGCCACACCUCAACUUCCGCCCAACGUGUGGGAGGAGCACUGGGUGCCAAUGGAAACUCAAAUAAUUAGCCGUGGAGGUUUCCGUUCUCAAACCGCCUAGUUUUGGUGAUUUCACAUUGUUAUUUUGCAGAGAACAACCAAGAACUGUAAAAAGUUUAAAAACGCACAUGCGGAGCUCUUGUUCUGUCCAUUGAUUUAUUGUUAUUGCCACGUCCAAAUUGCAGUUCUCGUUGCUGUAGUCGUUGGGGUUUGCUUUAGGUCCAGCGGAAACCUCAAUAGGCCAUUUUACAGUCAUGUGCUUAAUUGCCAAGCCUUUGAUUUGGAGUGAGGCUGAAGGUGACCGUGUUGUGAUAGAGACCAGUAUCUAGUUAGCGUGAUAACAAAGUAAUUUCCAUUUGAAAAACAGCAAGAUUUGUAUCGUAGCAAGGUCACCCAUAGCCUCACUCCUGUUCAAAGGCUUGGCAACCAAGCAUGCAACUGUAAAACGUACAAUUAAAUCUCAGUAUUAGAAAUUGUCAUUACUUUAGUGCUUGUUUCUCAGCUGUUUUCUUCUAUGUUCCCCCAAAUGCUCAUUCUAGUGUGGUAUGUUUGAUUAAUAAAAUGUAUUUUUGUUUUACUGAGAGAGGCAAUUUACUGAAUUUCAGACACCAAAGUAGAACCUGCAUCCGUCAGAGAACUGAAGGAGCGCAAGGUGAGAAAUAUCUUGUAUUUUGAAUAGAAAAUUUUACUAUUCGUUUCAAAAAUAGUUUCACCUUUUGACAGGUUUGAGACAUUUGAUGUUGAAAAUCAUGAAGCAGUUCAACAAAGAUCUGAGUUAUCUCUCUCCCUUGUACAUGAGAACAGCAACUUUCUGUAAUGCCAGUUCUUUUUCAUGUAAAUAUGAUUGAACAUACUCCAAAAUAAAUAGAGAUUUGUGAUCUAUAAGUUGUUUUCCAGAACACACAUCAUAUCAUCCAUCAGUCUAGAAAGUUACAGAAAAAUAACAGAUUCUUUUUUCAAAAGGAAGCAUUUGACAUCUUGACAGAUGCGUCUCCCUAGUCGGUCAUACAUCAGUGUAAAAGAAACUUCUUGUUGUAAUCGUCACUUUUCAGAGUUAUCAUGAUAGAUAUACAGCUAUUUAUCUCGAAAGGUAAUCUGAGUAUCUGGUAAUGAAUGUUAAUAAUUGAAAUAAAUAAUUAAAUGAAUAAGCUCAUCAAACUCGCGAUAUCUCGUCCUCACAGUGAUGCUUUCCCAGAUUUCCCUGAAAUCCUGAGUUUAAGGAACCGUGAUUUGAAAACUACCCAUGUUACUUUAAGGGGUUGUCGCAUGCACUUUAAUACUCUUUGCCGACCUCUCUCUGUAUAUUGUCAGGAUUUUCAAUAUUUAUUUGCCAAAUGAUUUGAAAUUAGGGACAAGAAACUUAUUGUUGUUUCUUAUUAUAAUCCUCUUCUGUUUGUUUUGCCUUGGAGCUCAUUUCUAGUUAUUUUAUUCAUCAGCCAUUUUUAAAACUGAACCAAAAACACCAGAAAGAAAUGGACAUCUUGGUCAAAAGACACGAGAAGGUAAGAGAGCUUUAAAAGUUUAUAGGGGUGUAUUGUUGAGUGAUACCAAAUUAACCAUUCUAAGAAUUUAGCCUAUCUAAGAUGUUGUUUUUUUACCUCAGGAUAAAGACAAACUUCAAAAGAAUCACCUACUGGAGCAGGAGAAGACGAUCAAAGACCUAGAUAAGGAGAAAGUGUCUUCCAAGAAAAAAAGUGACAAAGAACUCAAGAAGGCCGAGAAGAAAGGGUAAGCAACUUGUCGAAUAGAAAAUACGAAGGAUGUAUUAUUAUUAUUAUCAUUAUUAUAAUGAUUGUUAUUAGUAUAUACCACUUAUACUACACAUAGAGACUAGUGCAUUUCGCGCUUGCUCAUUGGCUGGUUUGGAAGUGAUAAGCAAAUGCCAUUCAGCUCCGAGCAGCAAAUGAGACAAAAUCACUGGUCAGGAGUUAAAUUUCUGACCAAUUUUCAUUGCAUUGAAAUAUGUAAACCAAUUUUUUGGUAUCUGUGUGGUAUAUACUAAAACAGUUAUUAUUUAGCAUUUUUUAUUAUUGUUGUUAUUUAUUCUUAUUAUUAUCAUUAUAUAUUAUUAUUGUUGUUGUUGUUGUUAUCGUUAUUAUUAUUAUUAUUAUUAUUAUUAUUAUUAUUAUUAUUAUUAUUAUUAUUAUUAGGUAAUUCUGUUCUGUUGGCUCCUUUGCAGAAAUUAUGAAGAAAGUUACCGCAAGGGAGUUGAAGGCCUGAACAACCUGGCUCAAAGUCAUGAAAUUAAGGUAAAGAAACCAUUAAACACCCCAGCAAAGAAGGAUGAUGAAAACAAAAUUGGAUUUGACAGGAAAAAUAGUUGAAGUAAUCUUGAAUUAAUUCAGAUAAUUUGUGAGAAAUGAUUUCAAAAUAUCUGUUGAUCAAGUAAACACAAAAUCAUGGAAAUUAUAAAUUUCAAAUCAUAUACCCAAAAAUUUUCAGAAAUUGAAAGAUAUUAACUAAAAGUUCUUAGAACUUCCUGGAAAGUCUCAGAAACUCCCCCAGUUAGUCUUGCAAAUAACCAAACGUACGAAUAUAUCAUGAAAUUAAAUUUUCUGACAAUUUCUAGACAUACUUCUUAGUGUUAUCAGAUACUCCCACCCCGUUUCAAAUAUUUCUUUUAAGGCAUCAUAUAUAUUCCUUGGAAUUUUUUCAUAGAAAUCCAAUGCCCUUGAUCAGAAAAUCAGUUCAAGUGUAUGAUAUUGAAAUUUCCCAGACGUUUCUCGAAAUAUUCCUAUAAAAUUUCACAAAAAUUCUUUGUGAUAUUCUUGUAAAUAUUCCUAAACGUUCGUAGAAUUUAUCAUUGAAAUUAGCCGUAAUUCCUAGAUAUGUUUGUAUGCAUUCUCAGAAAUGUUUGUUGUCCAAGAAGUAUUUCGAAAUGUUCCUAAAAAUCUCCUGACGUUUGAAGAGAUAUCCCUAAAGUUUACCAGCAUUCCUAAACACAUUUCCGUAAUUUCACAAUAAUUCUAAGGCGCAAUCCUACAAAUCUCAAAACACAUUCUUGUAGCAAAGCAUAGUUGGCACAGUUCCUCAAAAUGGCCGUUUUUAUGCUAGAGACGUUAAAGUUGUCUAAGAUGUUAAAGUCGUCUCGAGACGACUUUAACGUCUUAGACAACUUUAACGUCUCUAGCAUAAAAACGGCCAAUAUUACGUAGAAUUUCUUAAGAAUAUUCUAUAAAUUCUUAGAAUGUCCCCUAUUUGUCCUCGAUUACUCAAUUAUUACAACGUUUCCCCUCAUAUGUCCCUAGACUUUCCUAGUAAUACUCAGAAAAUGUGAGGUUUGAUUUUUCCCAGGGUUUGUUGACUCCUCUUGGUAUUGUGAUCAUACUCUGUAACUUUUAUUAUUUUUAAAUUUUUAGCUAUAUUACUAGUAUUAAGCUUUUAAUUUGCAUGACAUCCACGACUCGUAACUUUUUUCUUCCCUGUACUUCGCGUGAAACAUCUUUCUUAAACUUAAUUCCAGUCACUGAUUAUAACUCUGUACUGUAAACCACACAUCACUCGGGUAAUGUUCUUAGAUUGCUUAUUAUAUUAUUCUUAAUUGCACCGUUAGGUUAAAACUUAAAUUGUGUUUUAGCAUCGAAAACACGUUUUUCAACUCUCGUAAUUCUCAAAUGUAAUUUUUAAUAAGGUAAUUGCAAGCACAACAUUGCGCGACUGAAAAGUGGCUAAGAAAACAGCACAGCCGUAACAAAUGAGUUGCACCGCAAAGCAUAACUUGCACAGCUGGAGCUAAAUUCUGUAGCGUGUCAAAGAUAUUUGAUUUUCACGUGGAACUGCUGUGGUUUGUUUUCUUGGAACUCUUAGGUACAGCCAGGCGGUGUUGACAAGGAUUCAAUCGUACGUACUCGCCUUUAAAGGCGCUAUCCAUACGCGGGCUUCGACAGCUGUAACAAUUCUGAUCGAUAGCCUGUACCUUUUUAUCUGUUAAAACUUUUAUCUGUUUGUUUGUUGUUUGUUGUUUUUGUUGUUGUUUUAGGCAUAACUUCGUUUACUAAAGAAGGGUUGAAACGUGUUUUAUUUACUUUUUCUUUCGCUGUUGACCUCAUGAAAAGAAAAAAAUAUAUAAUAUGCUAGUAAUCUAAGAUUACUAGCAUAUUAUAUAUUAUAAUUAUAUAUUAAGAGAAGCCCUUAGAAAACCAGUCAAAUUUGCAGGUUUAUGAUAUACCAUUAUGAGAAUACAUGAUGAGAGAGCCAAUCAGAUUCGCAGAUUUGUAUUAUGCCAUAAUGAGAAAAGGGACCAAAUUUACAAUUUUUUUUGUGAACUUAUUUAAGAAGCCAACCAGAUUCGCGGAAUUGAAGCAGACGGUGAAGACACAUCCAAUCAGCUUUGCUGAUGUUUGCUAGAAAGAAAGAUCAACCGCCUGCGUUUGUGUUAGGCUACAAAAUCAAUCAAAUAUGAAAACUUGCUGUUACCAAUGAUUGGAGAACCCAACAGAUCAAAGAAACAUUAAAUUCUAGAUGACAGUGACCACUGACGAGGUCAUUAGAUCGAAAAUACAAAGCUCUCGCUCUAUCAACCAGCUAGAGGAAAUUAUUUUGGUUUACCCGCAAUAGCGUUGUACUUAAAUAAGACACGAUACCUUGUCUCUUGCCUUAAUUGCAAAUGUUAUAGUGGUCGCCUUGGCACUUGCAUCUCAGCCCACAUCUCAAGUUCUAUAGUGCAUCUAUGCUGCUUGCCACAGCACCAAGUUUGACGAUCAUCUUUGAACAUACGUGCUUUGGUCAGAGUUUCACUCAGUUUGACUUCUUUUUGUUUCAACAAUGCACUAAUCGUUCAUUAUUUUGCUUCCUUUCUACUUCCUUGAAGUAGUGUUAGCAUAACUUACCUGAGACACGGAACAAAUUUUGCUCCACCUGUGCCAAACUAAAAGUAAUUCAGGGUGCUUUUUUUUCAGAUCAAUGCCCUUAAACGCCAACAUCGUGACUCCAUGGUUGACCUGCUGAAAAGGCAGCUGAAUGAACAGUUGGAGCUCGCCGAAAAGCAACUUCUUCCUGUAAGGAUGAAUUCAAGCUCAUUCACUUUAUUGACCCUUCACAUCCUAAUGUUUGUGUGCAUAUUCUCCUUAGUGUUCUCUUUACAUUUGCUGAGGUGCUAUAAAGAGAUUUUGUUUAACAAUCAAGAGCUUUUCUAUUCGGUGAUCAUUUUUCCUAUUCUUUUGGCCUUAUUGUGUGAUUCAGGGGUGAAAUUGUAUAGAGAAAUUAGAUGCUAGAAAUUCUUAGCGAGUCAAAGGGUUACGGAUCGUUCGUAAAUUACUCAUUCGUACAUUUUCUGUUUGUCUCUUGCACAUCAAAUCACCAUGCAUUAGAAAAUAUAAUUUAUCGUGUUCGACUCAUCCCAGUUCUGUGUAUUUUAGCAUCUUACAGUGUUUUUUCCCAUUUUUUCCUCCAUCUUUCUGUCUUUUGUCAGUUUCGAAAUGUUUCUUUUUUCGUACCUUUUUCACGUAGAAACAAGAGGAACUGGAGAAGCUGAUGCGACUUUCGCAGGAGGAGAAGAUGAAAUCACUGGCUGAUUUACACGCUAAGUAAGAGAGGAUCCAUCCUCUGAUUCCCCAAGGAUUCCAAACUUAAUCAAAGUGCUCUAUGAGCAAACUCGUGAAUUGACACAUGAUUUUUUGGAUUAUGUUUAAUGUUACCUGGUUUAGGGAAUUUUGUGGUUGAUUGUCGUAUCUAGAGCACGAGCAGUAGUUCAGUGUUCGCUAAUGUAGCAAAGAAACAAAGUAACGUUGGGAUAAGAAGGCAUUGCAAUUGAAAUGAUCAUGCUAUUACAUUUGACAAGGGUGGAUGAUGUCAUGUGUUUUAAACGUAUAUCAUUUUUGUUUCUGGUUCAAAAGAAAAGGUUGGAAGUAAAUGUGGGUGAAAAGUGAAAUUUACUGUCUAUCAUUGUAAAAAUUAGAAAAUCAAGGCAAUACUUUAUCAAAUGAGACAAACGGGAACGAGUUUUGAGUGAUAUAACUAAGCCAAGACUGGCACCGUCAUUUUGGAUCUCCGCCUGGGUAGAUUUUAGUAACGUGCUAGGCAACGUAUAAUCAAUAACAAGAUACAAGAUAGAAUUUCAUUUCAGGCCUAUUUAUCAAUUUUGUGGUGUAUAACUUUCGCAUUUUAGUACGUAAUACGUAUUUUGAAUCUUCAAAUUGUCUUGAAACUUAAAAGAAAAUUGUUCGUUAAAAAUUCGCUGAAAAUCGGUAGCUAAAAUUGUUUGUUUAGGUAUUAUUGGAUUUUCGUGUUAAUUUGUAAUUUCGUCAGUCGCCGGCAUCUUUUGUUGCUUCGCACAGGAAAAAAACACGAUACGAAACGUAACGAUCGAUUUUGUCCUCAAUCUCACAACAUAACAGAAAAAGCUUUUGAACAUCUGUAAACUCCGUGCGCUUCGCAGUAAGAGAUAUUUUCAAUGAAUUUUCGGAUUGUUUUCAAGUUCAAGGGUUGUGAAUUACAAUUUUAUGAAAAACGAAGGUUGUUCUGUUAUUUCAGUGUGAAUCCUUGAAACUAAAACGAAAAAAAAACAACCUUUAAGAUUGUCAUUGGCUUCUUUUUCACCCCACCACUAUUCUUAGCAACAAAGGUCGCCAUUUCGUUUGUUUAUUGCUCACCACAAACUACCAAAUGCACUCAAAAGCCUAAAAUCGAAAAGAAGUUUACAGGAAUCGACGAAUCGAGCGAGCGAGCGAGCGAGCGAGCGAGCGAGCGAGCGAAUGCUAUUCCCCACAUCGUAUCUAUAACUCGCUCUUGCGCAUACGCGCAAUUCACGAGUUAAAAAUGGUAGAAAAACCCCAAAUUUAAUGAUAUAGAAUGGCUUGUUUAAAAACGUGUUUUACCAAGGGCACAUUACAGGAUUUUGUUCCAAAACUCAAACCUCAGGACUGCGACUGUCUUCCACUUGAUACUUGUGAUUAAAAGAUGAAACAGGAUGGCUAUGGUUAUUAGAUGGUUGUUGCAAGACAGUUACGCUAUGAUCGUAGUGUGUGCCUGUGUUUGUGAUUCUUGCUGAAUUAUUCACUGUUUUCAGGCAAAUGAAUGAAUUAAGAAAGAGCCAGGACAAUCAGAACAGAGAGGAACUUAAAGUGUUGGCGCGACAACAUUCUAACAAAGAUGAACUGCAAAGGUUUGCCAUGUUUGUCUUGUUAAUGUAUCCUUGAUAACAAUUUUAUGGCAACAGAAGCGACAAAGGAGUAUUCACGCUGUCAUGUCUUCCCGCAGGUCUUUUUUGCUUGACAGUGUUUUCAUUUUUUUUACUCCUGCCUGUCUUUCCCUCCUUGUCUCCCCGUUCUUUCCUUUCUCCUCACUCCCUUUUUCCUUUAUUCUUUUUUUUUUCUCCGUCUUUUUCUACAGCAGUUAAAUAGUCACGAAUGGAGAAUGGGACUCGCUUACGAGCUAGUGUCAUGCGAGCUCUCGAGUCACAUCUUGUUCGGUGUAUCUGUUGUUUGGCUUCUGCGUCUUUCAUUUUUUUUGUAGUCCUUUACCAAAACUGCGCCGUUCAGGGAUCAGAAAGUCAUCUUGUUUUUACUUUCGGUUUAGAUGUAACUGAGCGAUUUGAAAGUUUGAGCCAAUCUCUACUUUCUUCCCACGAGUCUCAUGGCUCACUUUUGCUUUCCAGGAGGAAACGGGAGGAAAACAAGAAACACAUUGAACAGUCCGUCAAAGAGCGACAAAAGGUUUGUGUUUCGUUGGGUUUGAUUUGUCUCUCGAAAGGAUGAAUCAUCUGAGGUCCAGUUCAGAUAAAAUGUACGUUUUCUCCAGACAAAUAUCACUUGGUACCAAGAGAAAAUAAUCUCUUACGCAUGUUGCCUUUCUCAAUGAAAGAUGAAAGACAUCCAUCCCCUUUCAACGAGUAUAAGUCGCCUGUGAGUAACACUGAUGUAUUGGCGCACAGUGAGGAUAUUUUUUCUUUGUGAUUAAAAUGGCUUCGGUAAUAAAAUUACAUCAGGAAACCACCGCCCCCAAGCUAAAAAUAACUUCAGUGAAAUUGACAUACCCGGCCAACGCCCUAGUUUCUCUCCCUGUCCCACCUUUCUUUUCUUUUCGGCACAGAUAACUUGCGUAGGGAUUGGUUGGUUGAUUGAUAGAAGAUCAGACUAAGUGACCAAUUGAUUGAUGGAUAGAUGAUUGACAGCUUGGCUGACUGAUUGAUAUUUAAACCUUUUUUCAUAUUUGUUGAUUUUAGAUGACAGAGUUCCACAAGAAAGAAAGCGAAGAGUUGGAGAAAGAACACGAUAAACUAUACGAAACUCUCGAUGAGGAUAGGAAAAAGGUACGUUGGAUUUCCCUUCGUCAACGUAGUGUCCUCUGUACAAUUCAAAGCGUUCAGUGAUACUGUCAUAUUUUGAAAAAUUUACACGAUUACAAGUUUUGACAGAUUCUGAUCGUGCUUUCUUUCUUAGAGUUCACAAGACCUUCGGACUCUGCACGAAACGAAAGUGAGUCAACUGAGCGUCUGUGACCUGGAAAUCACAUAUGCUUCCCUUUAUGGUGACAAGGUAACCAAGCUGUAAUUUUGGACGCCAGGUUACCAAGGUUUUUCGGUGGCAAGGUUAUCAAGUCGUACAACGGGGAAAAAAGGCCUCACCCGUGGUGGUCAAAUCAUGCAAUUAGUUAAUCCUAUAGCAGGGAUAAUUUUUAUCAGUGGAAGAUCCAGGGCAGGACUGGCCCAGAUAGAUUAACUGAGGGAGGGGUACUUCUACUUUCUGUUAGAAAUGUUGGGGUAUCUGAACUGUUGUGUCUUGUCUAAGAAGUUAAAAAUUACAUUUGAGCCAACAAAGGCCCGCGUAGAUGUUUAUACGCUAAGGAGUAAGUAAUUUAAUUAAGGUUAUCAAUUUAUUGUUACUCAGUGUUUAAUCAGGUAUUGUUGGGAUUUGGUAUUAUUCCGAUGGACCCAUAAUUUAUUUAAACGGGAUAAUAUUUAUUGUUAGGUGCCCUUCUGGGUAAUGAAGUAAGGUAAUGAAUUUAAAAGGGUGAUGUGUAAGGGCGUUUACUUGCGCUUCGUAGCCUACGAAAUCUUCUGGUGUCUUUGGUGGUAGAACAGCUGGGUUUUUUUUCCAGAAAAGGUGCCGAACAUCUCAGCUUUUUCCUCACCAUGAUACACUUAUGUACACUUGUGAUGUUAUGCAGUCCUAGUUUUUUUUUUCUAGCCACAGGGUGACGCAGAGUGUGUGUGGGGUAUUUUUUUCCUUUUUCUUUUCUUUUUCUCGCUGUCUUGUGGCAAUUUCUUGUUUCUCUAUGAUUUUACGCAAGCAUGUUUUUUUCUCGCCAUCUUUGGACUGUUUCCUUUUCCCAAAGUCGUAUCGCCAAUUUAUAACCAAUUUAUCACCGAUUUAUCAUUUUAUCAGGUUUGGCUCCUAAUUUCACGCAUGCGUGACCGAUCAUUUUUCUACCUUCAUGUCACACAUCCAAAAAUAUUGUUUUUGCCAUAAUGCCAUGCCCAAUUGCUGUUUCUUCUCAUUUAGUUCAUCGCGCGGCGUUAUACAACUUUUCCUUCGUGUUUUUCCCUCCUUUAUUUGAAGAGGAUAUCUCAAAUGAAGCUACAUAAUGCUGUACGAACAGUGCAUAUUUAUUGACUUGAUCGUUUUAGGGGGUUGGGGGGCGCUAUUUAUUGUUGGACAAUGAACGUUAUUGAUAUUGUCGUAUUUUGUUAAAUAUGCAGAAUUUAAGGACAUUUUCAACGUAUUUAUAAUGCGGUAUUUCCGCGCUCAAAAUGAUUUCACUGUGGAAAGCUCUUGAAAAGAAUGAACUCGUUUGCCAUAUAUUUGAAUUUGGCACAAUUUGCAGUUUCUCGUCACAGGAUGCCCAAGCUGAUUCAUAAAGCUUUGGUACCCUGUAUCUGCAAUUAAUAAGUGUGUUUAUUAGCUUUCACAGUAUAAGUACAGAUUGUAAAUAGCCAAAAACGGUGAAAUGACGUUUGCAAUUACCUCUGUUCCAGUUGGGUUCAGAAGUGCCAUAGGAUAUUUUAUAAUCGGGUGCAGUUAUGAUUUACAUUUAGCUAAAUUUGUUCACAGCAUUGAAAUUGUUAUUGUUAAGCUUUAGGGUUAAAUGUUAGUGGCGCACAGGAUUAUGGGAAAGUUCUGGAUAUGGGGAGGGAGGGGAGGGUGGCUGUCAUUUUUACUGGGUGGGUGUUGUUUCUACUCCCGUAAGUUAGCUAAAAGUGAGUAGUAAUCAAUAACCAGGUAUGAUUCUCGCCGGCAGCAUAACAAGUGAAACAAACGAAGUCAAGAAGAGACUUAUUUUUUUCCCCGUUUCGUUUAGGUAAUAACGUCAUUUCAUAUGGCGUACGUUUCAGCUUCGCAGGUUAAUUUUGUACCCAGUUUUCUCUCUCUUCUUUCCUCGAGGGAGGAAGAGAGAGGACACUGGAAACGAAGUUGCUCGCUCUUGUUAUGCCGUUUAUCUUAAUCAGGCACAAGCAUGAUAUUGUAUUUGAUACGAGAGUGUGUAUUUUCCACUUUUAGUUAAUUCUGUGGUCACGUAAAAGUCCCUUUUCCAAUAAAUGUUAUGCUCGCGUCGCAAAAGGCUCGUCCUCUGACGCUUAAGGAUUCGUUGUGAGCUCUAGAAGGUUCUCCGUGUUUUGUCACGACCAGGGGUGUUGCCUGACAAAUUUUUUGUGACACAGUUUGCCAUUUCAUUUAUUAAGUGAUUAAUAGCUAUUGAUGCCGGAUAUUUGCGGACUUCGAUAUCGUCAGCAAAUCUUAGUGUUUUCCAGUUGUCGUUGGCGUCUCAAGGACGAGUGUCUCCACGUAUUGCCGCUAGAAUCUGGUGUUUUUGUUGCAGUUUACCGUAUUAAAGAUAUAAUUUUAAAGCGUUAUGGGUGGAGAAAUUAAACAAUUAUUUACAGCACCCUGAGGCCCAUUGUUUUAUUUUCAAUCGAAGUGCAGCUGCACUGUUUAUUUCAUUCAAUCCAUGGGUCUAUUUCAAUUUUGUAUGAAGUUCGAAUAAAAUUAUCUAUUCAUCUCAGUUUGACUGAUGCCUUGUCUAGCAGUCUGCUCGCUGUAUUCUCCACAUUUGCGUCUUUUUGAUUUCAUCAACCCUUUGACUUUUUAUCUCUCUCUCUAGCUGCUACACAUUUCCAAUUAGUUAUGGGAAUUUGGUGUUAGAUCAAAAUAACUUUACCUGAUACGUUUGAGUAUUCUUGUUUCCUGUUUGCAGGAUUAUAAAUGGAUAUUAUAAGAAGUUACGUUUUGAUAUCACUUAUGGGAGGUUAAAGGUUAAUCAGUCACUGAGGCAAAACAGUUGCC